AUGGGCAACAACCAAGUUUUCGCGGUCACCGUGUUCUUUAUUUGUUUUCGAGAAUGUCUCGAGACGACGGUGGUUGUGUCGGUUCUACUGGCCUUCUUGAAGCAGUCGCUCUACAAUGAUGAUCGCCCUACAUAUAAACGAUUGGUAAAACAAGUAUGGUGGGGAUGUGCGACAGGCCUAUUGAUUUGUCUGGCGGUUGGCGCGGGUAUGAUUGGUGCUUUCUACGGUCUUGGAACAGACGCUUUCUCAAGCACCGAGGACAUUUGGGAAGGUGUUCUGGGAAUUAUCGCCUCGAUCAUCAUCACCAUUAUGGGAGCUGCUCUCUUGCGCGUGUCUAAGCUACAAGACAAAUGGCGGGUCAAGCUUGCUAAGGCCCUUGAGCAGGAGAAGAACCCCAAUGAAUCAAAGAAGGGUCGGGUCAAGAGAUGGUUGGAGAAAUACGCCAUGUUUAUCCUUCCAUUCAUCACCGUUCUCCGUGAGGGCCUUGAAUGCGUUGUUUAUGUCGGUGGCGUGGGAUUAGGACUUCCGGCUACUUCUUUCCCAUUGGCCGUCUUCUGUGGUCUUUUGGCUGGUGUUGCCGUGGGCUAUCUCAUUUACCGGGGUGGACGAGAGACCUCGAUGCAGAUUUUCUUGAUUAUCUCGACUUGCUUCCUCUACCUCGUGGCUGGUGGUCUUUUCUCUCGAGGUGUCUGGUACUUUGAGAACAACGCCUGGAACAAGAUUAUCGGAGGCGACGCGUCCGAGACUGGCUCUGGUCCUGGAUCCUAUGAUAUUCGAAAGAGUGUCUGGCACGUGAACUGCUGUAACCCCGAGCUGGGAGGUGGUGGCGGUUGGGGUAUCUUCAACGCACUUCUCGGUUGGACCAAUUCGGCCGACUAUGGCUCCGUGAUCUCUUACAACCUAUACUGGAUCUGUGUGAUGGUUGGCUACUCGCUGAUGUUCUACCGUGAGAGACGUGGAGCUAUUCCUGUCAUUGAUCCGGCCAUGAACCGCAUCGCACGGAGCAAGGCCAAGGCUAGAGCCUUCAUUCUGCGCCGUCCCUAUGAAGACCCGGUGGCACCUGUUGAGACAACAGUUUCCGUGCCGGAGAAGCGUGCCGAGGCUUCCCUUAUAGCUCUUUAA